AUGGACGGUGCCCCUGAUGGGAACGGCAAUAUUGACAUUCGCGUCGAAGACAACAAUGGCGGCCACGAUCUCGUCGGCGGCGACAACGGCAACCAACAAGAAGCUGCGCACGCAGCGCCUGUGCAGUUCUACCAACCGGACGAGGAUGUGGUUGCCAUGGUUAACUCUCUAGCCGCCUCCCCCGAGAUCGCCGCUGAAGUCAUCCACUCCUUGGGGAGCAAUGGCCUGACUUCCCCGCAGCUGGUCGGCUCGUUGUCCUCGACUUCCAUGACAAGGGUAACUAAUGGUCUCUCUAUCGCCGCGGCCGCCACACUUGAGUCCUUGGCUGAGGAAGUAGGCGCCAUAAUCCGCAAGAGGCGUAAACUUCAUGCCGAAUCCGACGCUAUCACCCAAAGGUCGACGGUGCAAGUUGAGGCUAUAAUCAACCAUUCGAUCAAGAACUACCACUCUCCCCUUCCACCAAGCCUCUUCUACGGAAUCUCUUCCUCGGUCAUCACCGCCGUCAGCAAUACGAAGAAUGGCUGCUAUGUACCGUUCAAGGAUAUCAUGGAGAAGCCGGAGUUGCCUAGUGAGGGUCUGCCCGACUUCAAGCAGGAAAGACAGUCUUAUG